AUGUCAAUUACUGAAAAUAAUCAUAUAUUAUAUUUAUCGAACACGUAUGAUAUAUUAUGUGAUCCAUUUUAUGAAAUUCCAACAAUAAGUGGUCGAUCAAUAGAUAAAGAUUUUCUAUCAAUCAUUAAUUUAAAUUCUGGUCAAUCCGCAUUACAACAAUCCACGUAUACAUUACGUUUAUUAAAUAUACGUUUAAUAAAAGAUUUUUUUCUUUAUUAUUUAUAUGGGUUUGAACAUAAAAAUAUAUCAUAUUUUUUAACUAUUCAACAAUCAGAUAUUUAUCAUACACGAAAAUAUAAAUUACAAACGAAAAUUUUACGUUUUUGUCAAACAUUGAAACAGUCAAUUAUUAAAAGUUAUGUGGAAAUUCCAAUAACAUGUGGAAAAAAUUAUCAUUAUUUAGUUACAGCAAAAUUUUCUAAAGAAAAUAAUAUAUUAUAUGGCAUAUUUCGUAAUACAACAUUAGCUAAUUCAUCUGACACAUCACAUGCUGUAUGUUCAUAUUCAAUUGAUUCAAUACGUGAAGCUUUUUUUCAAUCAAUAAAACGUUGUCUUGUUGAUGGAAAAGGUUAUCGUGGUUUAGGUUUUAUUAGUCCAGAUACACAUUGUGUAUCUAAUAAAAAUUUAAAUGAAAUCAAUCAUGAUUAUUGUCCAGAUAGUGAUGAUAGAUUUUUUCAAUAUCCUAUUGGUGGUCAUCGAUCAUUAGAACAAAUUGAACCGAUUAUUGAAUUAAAUGAAAAUGUCAAUUUUACAGCUAUUGAAAUUGUUUCAAUCAAUAAUGAUGUGAUGAUUUUAUUAGGAGAUGAUAAUGGAACUUUAUAUACGUUUCAUGUAUCAAAUAUGAAUGAAAUUGAUAAACAAAAUUUUCCAUCAUCAAUGAUAAUUGAUUUAAAACUAAUUAAUAAAAAACCAUUGUUAAGAAAUGCUAAUCUUCUCGUGCUUACUAAUAAUCAGAUAAUCAAACAAAAUUUAAGUACGUGUGAACAGUAUAAAACAUGUGAUCAAUGUUCAAAUGUUGGUCUUUGUCAUUGGUGUUCUAGAGAACAAAGAUGUACACCUACAUUUGAAUGUAUAAAUGCAAAUCAUAGACAUAAAAAUCUUCAUCAAAUCAACAUGUGUACAAAUAUCGAACGAGUUAUUCCAGACACAAUAUCAUUACAUUCAUCAAAUAUACAAUUAGAGAUUAUUUUUAAUAUUCCAUUACAAAAUAAUAUUGAUGAAUAUCAAUGUCAAUUUCGUUUAACAAAUGAAAAUGAAUUUUUAUUUUAUACAAAUGCUCUUCUUCUUAAUGAUAAAACAUUAAAAUGUUUACCACCUAUAUUAAAUAAUAUAAAUCAAGCCGUUUAUAAUGUUGUUUUAUCAGUAUAUCAUUUAAAAACAAAUUUUACAUUUGGACAUUAUGAUUUAGUAUUUAUAAAUUGUUCAAAUUUUCUUUCAUGUUCAUCUUGUAAUGCAUAUUCUAAUCAAUGUAUAUGGAAUCUUCAAACAGUAAAUUGUAUAUCACAUGAAUAUAAAAGAUCUUCAUUAAUUAAUCACAAACGUCUAAUAAAAAAUUCUCAUCAAUGUCCACUUAUUUAUUUACAACAAUCAAUAAAUCGUCUUGCUUAUAACAAUAAUAAAAUAUUAAUUAUACAUAUAGAACAAUGUAAUGAAGACAUAAAUAUUAAUUCAUGUUUUGAACGUGUCUAUCCUCUUUUAAUUCAAUGUUCUCCAUCAACAAAUUAUACACGUUUGGAUGAAAAUGGUGAUAACUCUCGACAAAUUAUAUCUGAUGCAGUUAAUUGUGAGAAAUUACGUGAUCAAGCAUUUAAUAAAAUUUUUGAACAUCAUGUUACAAUACAAAUACGUUCAUCAUCUAUAGGUUAUUCAUUAAAUCGUAAUCAUAUAUAUUGUCUUUUUUCUUCUGAUCAAUAUGCUAUAAUAUGUGCAUCGAAAUUAGUUAAUGAACAACAACAUCCACCAUAUAAUCAACUAGUACAAUCAAAUGAAGAUCUUAAUCCAUUAUCAAGGUUUUAUUUUGAACAUUUUCUUAUAUUUCUUAUUGAUUAUUCGCGUGGUGUUAUAUGUCAACAACUUGAAUUUCAAUUUGAUCGUAUUGGUUUAACAAUAUAUAAGUCAACAUUAGCUAUAUUAUCAAUUCAACAUCAAAAAUUACAUUUAUAUCAUAUUGAUGAAAAAAAUGGAAAAUUAAUCGAAUUGUUAACUGUAGGAAAAUUCGCUCAAACAAAAGAAGAAUUUUUAUAUAAAUAUAGUUUACCUAAACAUUUAUUAACAAUGUCACCACGUUUAUUAAAUAAAAAAAAUUUUAAAAGAAAUUCAUCAUCAAUGUUUGAUAAAUGGGAAGAUAAUGAAACUGGUGGUCAACAAAGAAAACGUGUUCGUGAUCAUUUCAGCGAAAAUCAGAACAGUGAUUCUUCAUCAUCACGUUUAUUAUCACAUAAUGGAAGUUCAUUUGUUCGAGAAGAACUUCAUCGACCAUUUACUCCACCUCCAACUAGAAUACCAUUAAAUAAUACUGAGGAACAACAAACGAAUUUCAAUCCUAUCGCCGAAACUAAUAAUUUACCUGCAAAUUUAGCUCAAUCGAUAUUUCAACGUGAAAAUCGACCUAUCAGACGAGAUUUUCUUACGUAUCCGGCUGGUGCAACAUCAUCAGGUAAUUUACAUAAACAGUCAAUUUUUUAA